AUGCCUUUUCGGCGUCAUCGCGAAGGUGGUGAUGUUUGUGCCAUCUAUGUCCAUGCCGGAGCGGGCUUUCACAGCUAUGCAAACGAGAAGCACCAUUUGAUGGCCUGCGCAGAUGCUGCCAGCGUGUCCAUGGCACUGUUGAAGAACGGAGGCAGUGCCUUGGACGCUGUGGAAAUGGCCAUUAAAGUCUUUGAGGACCGGGAGAUCACCAAUGCUGGGUAUGGCAGCAAUCUUUGCAUGGACGGCACAGUAGAGUGCGAUGCAUCAGUGGUAGAUCAUUAUGGUCGAAGUGGAGCAGCGGGCGCAGUCUCAAUGGUGAAGAAUCCUAUUGGGCUCGCUCGGCUGAUCCUGGAGGAAUCCACUCGCCCUCUUUCACUUCAGCGUGUACCGCCGAACCUACUUGUUGGUCAAGGUGCAAUUGACUAUGCCAAUGAGAAAGGCCUGCUCACAGUCUUCAAUGAUCACAUGGUAUCGAGAGCAGCAAAAGAACGAUGGAACAAAUGGAAAAGGGACUUAGAUUUGGCUGACGAACAGGACAAACAAAAGUCUGCACUCGGCAAAUUCCCCGACCAGAGGUUCACAAACCACGCGCCUAUCAUCUCGUCAUCGCAGGUUAGUACGCCUGUCUCACCUGCAUCCAUCCAGAGCGCGGCUGAAACUCCACACAUAAAAUCUCCAAGUCGGCCGCUGGUAGCUUCCACAGCGGACAUUCCUGACACCUAUUUUGAUGCCCAUACAAAAAACCAUGCUAGAUAUCUUGGCGUACCAGGUCCUUCUCUGUCAGAUCCAAUCAGAAGGGUAGAAUUGGAGCGUCAUCCAAACAUUGACGGCAAUAGGGCAACAGCAGCCUACGAUAUUGCCACAGAUGACAAUCACCCCUGGGCUUCGAAGAGACGACGGCUCAGCAAGGACGGUUCAUUCGACAAUGCGCAGUCACCUCUUGGGAGACUAGCGGAACUCGACUCGUCAAAGCUGGAUAUGUCACUUGCUAUUCAGCCUACAUCUGACUUGCAGCCAUCCAAGCACAAUGAAGAUCAUGUCGUGGAUACUGUUGGAGCAAUUGCAGUCGAUUGCUUCGGCAACAUUGCUGCCGGCUCUUCUUCUGGGGGCAUUGGUAUGAAGCACCGUGGCAGAUGUGGACCGGCGGCUCUUGUCGGCAUCGGUACUGCCGUCAUUCCUUCUGACGCCGAAGACCCAGAUGAGACCUCCAUCGCCACUGUCACCAGCGGCACUGGCGAGCACAUGGCCACCACACUCGCAGCUGCUACUUGUGCAGAUCGAAUAUACUCCAGUGUUCGCAAAGCACGAGGCGGUGGACUACAGAGCUGCACGGAAGAUGAGGCAAUUUAUAGUGUCAUCGACAAAGAAUUCAUGGGCCAUCCAGGGGUCAAGAAUAGUCAUUGCCCUGGUGCGAUUGGUAUCCUGGCUGUGAAGAAGACAAGACACGGUAUCAUGCUCUAUUUUGCGCACAAUACGGAUAGCUUCGCUGUGGCUAGUAUGCAGAGUGGUGAUCGCAAACCGUCUUGUGUAAUGAGUAGGAGCAACGGUUUCGGAAGUAUUGCGCAGGGUGGCAGAUUGGCAAAGUAUCGAGGAAAUGGUGUCAGGCAUUAA